GGUAAUUAGCAAGCACAUGUCCUUUAAUGAGAGGGAGAGUUGAUUAAAAUCCCUUGGCCGCAGACCAUGGCCGUGCCCUCGCUGGCACAGUGUGUUCCCUCCCUUGCCUGCAGAGUGCUGAGAUGCUGCGUCCACGUGCAUCCCUGGACAGGGCUCAUCUUGCAUGUGUUUACAAUGCCAGUUUUACUGGGGAAGGUGGACAACCUGGAGCCUCCAGUAACAGCAUUCCUGUCUCUCUUUGACUUGCAGAACAAUCAAGUUCUUGGGAUCGGGAGCGGAUCUACGAUUGUACACGCGGUGCAGCGAUUAGCUGAGCGAGUUAAGGAGGAGAACCUGACAAUUGUCUGCAUCCCUACGUCCUUUCAGGCUCGUCAGCUGAUCCUGCAGAAUGGUUUAACACUGAGUGACUUGGACCGAAAUCCAGAGCUUGAUGUUGCCAUUGAUGGAGCAGAUGAGGUGGACUCUAACCUCAACCUUAUCAAAGGUGGCGGUGGCUGCUUGACACAGGAGAAGAUAGUUGCAGGAUUUGCAAAGUGCUUCAUUGUUAUUGCUGAUUACAGGAAAAAAUCUGACAGGCUCGGGGAGCAGUGGAAGAAGGGAGUUCCAAUUGAGGUCAUCCCCAUGGCUUAUGUCCCUGUCACCAGAGCCCUGACCAAAAAAUUCGGCGGAGUCGUGGAGCUGCGGAUGGCUGUUAACAAAGCAGGCCCUGUGGUGACAGACAACGGGAACUUCAUCCUGGACUGGAAAUUUGACAAGAUUCAUGAGUGGCGUGAAGUGAACAGCGCUAUAAAAAUGAUACCAGGCGUGGUGGAGACGGGGCUGUUCAUCGACAUGGCCGAGGUGGUGUAUUUUGGGAUGGAGGACGGCUCUGUCAGCGUCAGGGAGAAGCAGCCCUGCUGACAGGGACUCACUCAGCUGCUGGGACAGUGCCAACCACGACGUUUUGCCUUAAGGAGCGGCGGCUGUCGCAGGAGACCCGCGGGGAAGCCCAUCAGAAUCUGCGGACGUGAUACUGAAUGUCUUUUUUAAGAAACAACAAAUGAACAAACAAACAAAAAAAUAG